AUGCUGAAGGUGGAGAAAAACGAUGCGAACAGGAGCUUGAAGACCAACCGUCUGUUCCCAACGGCCAACAAGCCGGACCCGAUGCCACAGAACUUGGCCUUCUUGUUCACAAAGAUCACUCCAGAGCAGAUGAUGUAUAUGUGGAACGUCUUGACCGCCAUCUUCGUUGCACAAGUUCUCAUGGUAGUUGCUUAUUGCGGAGCCCUGGCAACAUUCCCCGAGUACUGGUGGACUUGUACGUUGCUCUUUGGGAUCCCCUUCUCCUACAUUGCCAUUCAGCAAAUUUACAUCGAUCAUGAUGAUUCUUGGCUUAGUACAAUCCAGGAUCUCUAA